GAUUAGUACCGAGCAUCAGUUGUUCCAGAUCCCGAACAAACAGCACAAUGGCAUUCCUCGCUUACGUUUACAUCAUGGCCGUGUUCCUGGUCGCCGACUCCAUGCAGUCGGUGUUCCAGCCCUGCGACGGCAUCCCAGCGCCCGAGAGCGUGGUCAUCUCGGCGUGCGAAACGCUCCCCUGCUCCUUCAAAAGGGGCACCAACGUGUUGGCCGACAUCAAGUUCCGCGUCACCGAGAACACGAAAACCCUGAAACCAGUGGUGGAUGUUCAGCUUGGAAGCGUGCACAUCAAGUACCCGUUGCCCCAACAGAACGCUUGCAAGGACCUCACGGACGCGGAGUGUCCGUUGGACAAGGGCGAGCUUGUCACCUACCAUCUGAACAUGCCCAUCGAGAAGAGCUACCCGACCAUUUCCCUGAUCAUCGAACUGUCGUUGGUGGACGAGCACAACAACUCCCAGAUGUGCUUGAAAAUCCCCUCCAGGGUUGUCAACUAAGAACUAAGAAUUUCUGCCUGACAAAAUGGACCACGCUCGUACGGAUCGCAAUGUUAAAUUUUAAAUA